UUCUCACAGGGGACUCAGAUUGCUAGUGGCUGCAGCCUGCUUAAGGCAACACAAAUCCUCUCCCGCCUUUCUGGAAAAUGAUGGAAAAUGAAGUGUUUGCAUCGUUUACUUUCUACAGCACGAUCUUGAUUAUAAAAAUGUAUGUUCUGGCCAUCAUUACAGGACAAGUGAGGCUCAGAAAGAAGGCUUUCGCCAAUCCAGAGGACGCCCUGAGGAACGGAGGGCUGCAGUACUAUCGAGAGGACCCAGAUGUGGAGCGAUGCCGCAGGGCCCAUCGCAAUGACAUGGAGAACAUUUUCCCCUUCCUCUUCCUUGGGGCCAUCUACUCCCUGCUGGACCCCAAUCCCACCGUGGCAAGGAUCCACUUCCUGAUCUUCUGCGUGGGGCGGAUAGUUCACACCGUGGCGUACCUCCUGCAGCUGAAAGCUCCCACACGCUCGGUGGCCUACAGCGUGGCACAGCUGCCCUGCUUCUCCAUGGCGCUGCAGAUUCUCUUCGCGGUCAUCACACACUGGUAACGUUAAAGAUAACCCGCCGCCGCUGGUGCUGCAACGUGGAUUAGAAAGACCCGCCUUUGCUGCUUUCCCAAGAGAAGGACUCAUUCUGCUGUGGCUUCAGUGUCGGCAUCUCCCAGCUGGGUGGAGCUCAGGGCUCUGGGAAAUCCCCUCUGGGUGUGUGCAAGGCCCUGUUUCCAGGAGCAGGCUGCAGAGGUGGAAGGAUGUGCUCCUCGCAGCUGGGUGCUCGUGCAUUAAGCGCUCAGUAAUGCCACAGCAUUAGUACCACAGCAGUAGCAUUGUGGUGUCUUCCAGUCUUCUCGCUGGUGACCUGGGGGGAGGGAAUGAUGCCACGUUAAGAGCACAACUAAACCAGGAAGUGGUGAAGACUCUCUAAGCAGCCUGGCCCCAUCGCUCUGAGGAGAGAAAAGCAGGAGACCCUUGGUCCCCCUAACUCACUUUGAUGGGAGUGUGUACGGUGACCAGAGAGGAUGUCCCAUCUCCUCUCUUCAGCAAGAAUACCUGGCGAUGUAGCGAAAAAGCUAAAGUAGGAACACACUGAGUCUUUGUAUAAAACAAACCCCUGCCCCCAAAAUCUCAUUUUUACUCUUUGAUUAGAGAGUCCUGACUCUUCUUUUGUUCGUUUGUUGUUGGUUUUUAACCUCCUACACAGGAAGGAAACAAGUUGGUGGUGCAGCAUCUGAUACUGCCGGGCACAUCUCUGCUGGGAAAUAGAACCCAAAGGGUUAAAUCUUUCAGAGGGUGGCAGGAAAAACACAGAGGGAAACAGAACUAGUGCAGGUCCCCUUCCAAACCCAAAUUACAUCAUCAGUCCAAAGAGGCAGCUCCCCUCUGGGCCCCGGAGGUCAAGAUUUCACUUGACUGUCAACUCCAGAGCAGACAGCUCCAUUUGCUUAUGGAGUGAGAAGCGGGAGUUGGCUCCAGGCACAUCAGGCCAUCUCCAGACUCCAUCUUGGAAAGAGCAUUGAGCUCAAAAGAAGGUCGGGGUGCUCAGCACAGAUCUGGGCCUUUUCCAUUUCCUACAGGUACCUACAGGGGCGGCCCUAUGUUUUUUGCCGCCCCAAGCAUGGCAGUCAGGUGGCCUUCGGCAGCGUGCCUAUGGGCGGUCCACAGUCACGCGGCUUCAGCGGCGUUUCUGCAGGUGAUCUGCCGGUCCCACGGCUUCGACGUAUCUGCCGCCAUAUUGCCGCCGAAACUGCGGGACCACCGGACCUCCCCCAGGCACGCCACUGAAGGCUGCCUGAUUGCCGCCCUAACAGCGACUGGCAGGCCACCCCCCAUGGCUUGCCAUCCCCCGCAGCUUGCCGCCCCAGGCGCGCGCUUGCUGUGCAGGUACCUGGAGCAUCCCCUGGGUACCUAGAUGUUCUGUCAUUUCUACAUAGCUUCAUAUGAGAUGUAGGGCUGAAUGGAAAACCACAAACCUAUGUAUGUUACACUGUUCCCCUCUUGUGCUUCCUUGGAGUUAUGAAGUAUAUAUUCAUAGUAAAAUGAAUACUAUGUAUUACUCUUCUCUACCAUUCCUUAUGCCUCUGUGUAUACAUCUGUGAGCCAGGCAGAAUACCACCUCAUGCCUCUGUUCGGAGGCAAAGUCCUUUGACGUGCUUGGAUAAAAAGGGCUAUUAAAGCAUAUAACACAUGGAGGCAGAAGCAGUGCUUUUCUGGGUGAUCUCUUGGCCCCUCCUAACUUCUCCCUGGUACAAGGUUGCCUUCUUAAAGGAGCGCUCUUCCCACCAUGCCUUGCUGGAGCUGGCCCUUUAAAUUUGGCAGAGCCAUGGAGCUGCAGCCCUAAAGCAGCCAUGUUUGGUGAGUGGCUGCAUCUCCUGCCUUCCUUCCUAGCUGGUGAGUCUCUCUCCUGUUCAGUUUUCUCUUGCUUGUGAGGAUGGGCCAUUCUCGCCAAGUGCAUGAUGAUGUUACCCUACGAAAUAAUGUUAGUCCUCUUCCCGCUCACCUCCCAUGACAAACAAGGAGUUAAUUACAUGGCCAGGAAGGGCAAAUUGGAGCAGGAGCUGGAACCCUGGUAGGCCAGAGAAGUUCAGGUAGGGGAUGAUUGCUCUCCCUUGCUGCAUUGGGAGCUUGGGGUGGGGGUGGCAACAGACCUCCUUGAUUCAGUCUAAAUUUUGUGGUUAGGAGUUUUCCCUCCUUGUAAGUGAAGAUGAGCUAAAGUAUUUAUUCCACCCCCCUUUUUUUUUAGAAAGAGGGGGAGCUGGUGAGGUUCUAAAUCAUCCUGGGUUUUACCCUAUCUCAGGGCCCAUUUAUCUGACUCCUGUUCUCUUCAACCCUGCCUCUGCCUUCAAAGUGUGUGUGUGUGAGGGGAAGAGCUGGGUAAAAUGGGACCUUGACCUGACCCAUUGUUGCUGUUUUGGGGGGGGGGGGUAGUGCUAGGAUCUAUUUUUGGGGGGAGGGGUAGGUGGAGCACAGAAAAAUCCAGUUUGCAGAGCUGCUAGCUCUCGACUUUCACUGAGAGUCUUGUGAUGUUUGUCCCUCAUAAAGUCCUCUUUCCUGGAAUCAUGAUCACAUGACUCCAGGAAUCUUGGCUUUCUUUAAAAAACAAACAGUUCAUUUCCUGGCCUGAGGGUUACAGAGAGAAACUUGGAAAAGUGAACUGUAAAAACUGGGCCCGGGGGGAGGGGGCGGCACAAGGCAAAUAAAUAAAUAAAUAAAUAAAAACCCAACAGGUUUGUAUUUAUUAUUUUUAAAUCUCAUGGGUUUGGGGGGUGCUGACUCCUGCUUCUUUUUUUAAAGGCUUGGGGUUGGCAGUGCUGAGUUUGGGUUUAUCUGGACCUGUCCCAAGACAGUACCUGUUUGUCUGAAGCACUCCACCAACAGGCAGAGCUCUUGUUUUCCUCCUGGCUGCCCUCGCUUGUGGCCAAUCAUGGCACUGCCCAUGUCCUCUACCCCAGCUAGAUGCAAACAGCCCCCUAAGGAGCCCCCCAGAUUGGCCCAGUGCAAAGGGAGUGUGUAUAUUUGUACUUCCCCUUCCAUGGCUUAGGCCUGACUCUUCCACAGCAGGCUUUAAUAAGGGGGUUAGGGUGGGGCUGGAGCAGGGACGAUGGACUGAGCUGUGGUCCCUUCACAAGGCCAUACCUAAGAUACACCCCCUUGGCCUAAAGCCAAACUACUUUUAGGAAUGAACUGUGGAAGUGGGGCUAUAGUUAAAAACAUAGGUGUGCACCAUUCCCCUGUGAAGGGAACAAGUAUAAACUCCUGCCACCUCACACCUUCAAGGUCAAGUACUCUUUGUUCUCUCUCUCUCUCUC